UAUUCAGCUCCCUGAUCUUGCUCUGCCUCUUAAUUUCUCAAUCGCUGAAUCUGGAACUGCAACACAAUGAGUAUCACGGUUGUUGUUUCUUUUAUCUUUAUGUUAAUACCAUCCUUAGUUUUUGAUGCAAGAGGUCUGCAUUACCAAUACUCUGACGAACUGUACAUCGCUCCGUCAGAAUCCUACAUUCCCUCAAUGUCACCUUCUUACGAUUCUUCAAUUUCUCCGUCUUCUAAUCCCUUAGCCCCUGCCUUGUUCGUCAUCGGAGAUUCCUCCGUUGAUUCCGGCACCAACAACUUUCUCGGCACAUUCGCCCGCGCCAACCACCUUCCUUACGGCCGAGAUUUCGAUUCCCGCCAACCCACUGGGCGCUUCUGCAACGGCAGGAUUCCCGUCGACUAUCUUGCUCUGCGUCUUGGCCUUCCCUUUGUCCCGAGUUAUCUUGGGCAGACAGGAGAUGUGGAGGAUAUGAUUCACGGUGUAAAUUACGCUUCCGCUGGAGCUGGCAUUAUUCUCUCAAGCGGCUCAGAAUUGGGACAACAUAUCUCCUUCAAUCAGCAAAUUCAGCAAUUUAGCGACACCCUUCAGCAGUUCAUUCUAAGUAUGGGCGAGGAUGCUACAACCAGUUUCAUAUCCAAGUCUGUGUUUUACAUUUCAAUUGGAAUCAACGAUUAUAUACACUACUAUUUGCUUAAUGUAUCUAACGUGGAUAAUAUGUACCUCCCAUGGAGGUUCAAUCAGUUUUUAGCAUCUUCAGUGACACAAGGGAUAAAGGUGUGUGCCUGUGUGUGUGUUCUACUUCUUCUCUUGGGGGCUUUUUACACUUUCGUAAUUCCUUUAUUGAUUCUUGAUACACUCAACCUGAUGACACAGAACUUAUACAACGUAAAUGUCAGGAAAGUGGUGGUCAUGGGACUUGCACCUAUUGGCUGUGCUCCGCAUUACUUGUGGCAGUAUGGUAGUAAAGAUGGAGAGUGUAUUGAGCAGAUAAAUGACAUGGUGAUGGAGUUUAAUUUCCUCAUGAGAUACAUGAUAGAGAAGCUUACCCAGGAGCUCGCCGAUUUCAAUAUCAUCUUCUGUGAUGUUUUGCAAGGUUCAAUGGAUAUUCUAAAGAACCAUGAACAUUAUGGUUUUAACGAAACUAAGGAAGCAUGCUGUGGAUUUGGGAAGUACAAGGGGUGGAUCAUGUGCUUAUCGCCAGAAAUGGCGUGCAGUAAUGCUUCCAACUAUAUCUGGUGGGACCAGUUCCAUCCAACUGAUUCAGUGAAUGAAAUUCUGGCAGACAACGUAUGGAAUGGCCUGCAUACUAAAAUGUGCCAUCCCAUGAACUUGAAGGAUAUGAUAAUCCACAAGGACGAAUAG